UUGGCUCUCCCGCGCUGCUAUUAUAAAAGUAUGUAGCUCUUUGGCAUUUCUCUUAUAAAGUCCAACAUUUUCUAAAGCUUUUCCUGUCAAACAGAGAUAACAGGGAGGGGCUGCCGGCACUUCCCAGAUUACCAAACUUGAUAGAAGAUUCUGUUCCAGCUGAUUCCAUUUGACUCUUGGUUCAGAAUAAUACAUUCAAGUUCAGUUUGAGUGAAACUUGCAAGGAGGAGAAUAUGGAUUACGUCUAUGGACCAGGAAGGAACCAUCUCUUUGUUCCGGGGCCUGUCAAUAUCCCCGAACCAGUCAUUCGGGCAAUGAACAGAAACAAUGAAGACUACCGCUCUCCUGCUAUUCCAGCAUUGACAAAAACUCUGCUUGAAGAUGUGAAGAAGAUUUUCAAGACUACUAGUGGAACACCUUUUCUGAUUCCCACCACUGGUACUGGUGCAUGGGAAAGUGCACUUACAAACACAUUAUCACCAGGAGACCGAAUUGUAUCAUUCCUGAUUGGCCAAUUCAGUUUGCUUUGGAUUGAUCAGCAGCAACGUCUUAACUUCAAUGUCGAUGUCGUAGAAAGUGAAUGGGGACAAGGUGCCAAUCUUGACAUUUUAGCGUCAAAACUUGCUGCAGAUACUGCACAUACUAUUAAGGCAAUUUGCAUUGUUCACAAUGAGACUGCAACUGGAGUUACCAAUAACUUGGCUACAGUCAGAAGAAUACUUGAUGACUACGGGCAUCCAGCACUCCUUCUCGUCGAUGGAGUUUCUUCUAUAUGUGCUCUUGAUUUCCGUAUGGAUGAAUGGGGAGUGGAUGUGGCUUUAACUGGUUCUCAAAAAGCUCUUUCUCUUCCUACUGGAAUUGGUAUUGUGUGUGCAAGCCCUAAAGCUCUAGAGGCCACUAAAACUGCAAGGUCAGUGAGAGUUUUCUUCGACUGGAAUGACUACUUGAAGUUUUACAAGCUGGGAACAUAUUGGCCAUACACCCCUUCUAUUCAGCUUUUGUAUGGGCUGAAAGCAGCGCUUGAGCUCAUUUUUGAGGAAGGACUGGACAAUGUCAUCGCUAGGCAUAAGCGUUUGGGGACUGCAACAAGGCUUGCUGUGGAGGCUUGGGGCUUAAAGAAUUGUACUCAAAAGGAGGAGUGGUACAGUGACACAGUCACUGCUGUGCUUGUUCCUCCUUAUGUUGAUAGUACAGAAAUUGUUAGAAGGGCAUGGAAGAGAUACAACUUAAGCUUAGGUCUUGGACUGAACAAAAUAGCUGGGAAGGUUUUCAGAAUAGGCCAUCUCGGCAACUUGAACGAGUUGCAAUUGUUGGGUUGUCUUGCUGGUGUGGAGAUGCUUCUGAAGGAUGUGGGAUACCCAGUUAAGCUAGGAAGUGGAGUUGCAGCUGCUUCUGCGUACUUGCAGAAUAACAUCCCUUUGAUCCCUUCCAGGAUUUGAUUAUCAUAUUUUCAAAUCUAAAAUCCAUGUAAUUCAUUUUCCUUUUCUCUUUUUUUCUCUAAUGAUUUGCUUCAGAAACUCUGUAAAUAAUGCGUAACCUCUUUCUUCUCUCUUUGCACUCUUUUUGAGGCUCACCAAGUUUCUUACUUUUAAUACAUAUUUGUGUGUGUUCUAUUUUGGAGCUGAA